UGUUUAUCUGUUUGUAGUAUGAAAUGUACAUAAAAUAGCGCAUUAGUAGCUGGAAAGUGUUUGGUGAUUUUUCUGCUAUAAUAGUUAUAAAUAAGUCAUUGCUAAUAAACUCUUAAAAAGUGAUUGAGGAAAAUUAUUAAUAAAAUUAAUAAUGGCUAUUCCAUUGAAUGAUAUUGAGUUGGCUGAAGAAACUCCAGAGCUAUUAUUGGACAAACAUGCCAAAUACCUGCUUGAAUAUCGAGAAAACAAAGAUGAAUAUACUAUUUGUAUGACUGAACAUCUUCGUAUGUCUGGAAUGUAUUGGGGUUUGACUGCUCUUGAUUUAAUGGGUCAAUUAGAUAAUACACAUAAAGAUGAAGUUUUGGAUUUUAUAAAACAGUGUCAGCAUCCUUGUGGUGGCAUUAGUGCAAGCCUUUAUCAUGACCCUCACAUACUUCAUACUCUAAGUGCUAUCCAAAUUUUAUGUAUUUAUGACUCAAUUAAUGUUAUUGAUGUAGAAAAAGUGUUAAAAUAUAUAAAAGAAAGACAAGAAUCAGAUGGAAGUUUCACAGGAGACAAAUGGGGUGAAAUAGAUGCAAGAUUUACAUUUUGUAGCAUUGCAUCUUUAGCUCUAUUGGGUCGUCUUAAUGAAAUUAAUAUUGAUAAAGCUGUUGAACAUAUAACUAAGUGCAUGAAUUUCGAUGGUGGUUUUGGUUCAAGACCUGAUUCUGAGAGUCAUGCUGGUUUAAUUUACUGUUGCCUUGGUUCAUUAUCUAUUACAGGACAUCUGCACCUUGUAAAUGCAGAUCAAUUAGGCUGGUGGCUUGCUGAACGUCAGUUGCCUUCUGGAGGUUUGAAUGGUAGGCCAGAGAAACUACCUGAUGUAUGUUACUCGUGGUGGGUUCUUUCAUCUUUGUCUAUGUUGGGUCGUCUACAUUGGAUCGAUAAAGAUAAAUUAGUCAAAUACAUUUUAUGCUGUCAAGAUACAGAAACAGGAGGUUUCAGUGAUCGACCAGGUGAUAUGGUAGAUCCAUUUCACACAUUAUUUGGACUUGCUGCUAUUUCUAUGUUAAGUGCUAAUGAAUCAUUGAAAGAAAUUGAUCCAACAUUUUGUAUGCCAGAAUAUGUUAUACAACGUUUAGAAUUGAAUCCACAACGUUUAGAUAAAGUCGAUCAAAUCCUAGAAGAAUUACCUGAUUUUGAGGAUGAAGAGGAUGAAAGUGAUUGAAAAAAUAAUAUUGAAUGAUAUAAAUUUAAAAACAAUUAUUUGU